AUGAUCAUAACUUUAUUGGGUGUUAGAAAUUACUAGUAUUUCAGAAAAAAGGUUAUAGGUAGGGCUGAGCAAGUGGUGACUGUGGUGGACGAGUCGACGGCGAGGGUCGCCGGCUCUUUUCUCGUAUUCGCCGACGCCCAGCUUCCGCGGGUCACGCAAAAGUUUGUUGUCGAGGUGCCGAUCGCCUCGGAUGACGUCACUAACAAGGUACCUGGAUCGAAUUACGGAUGCAACGUCACCUUGUUUUUCAGAAAAUUGUCAUAAAGAAUGCGUACGCGAUGCCGCGUACUUUCCAGCUGUCGACGUCGCGACCUGACGUCGUGCGACUCGCUGAUGACGUCGUCAAUCUGAAGCCUCUGGAACAGUUCAUGCUUGACGUCUUCUUCGUGAAGAUCUCUCAUCGUCCAAUCAAUGUGGAGGUCAGUUUUGUUUGUAGGCAGAUAUUUUUUCCUUUGAAAGUGAAUUGAUAAGGAUUGCCUCUAUGUCAAAAUUAUUUAAUGCUUUGCUUUUUUUCUAUUUUACUUCUCUAAUAAGUUUAAAAUAAUAUGGCAGUUUCUGGAAGUUGUUAACUUUUUUAAGAACUGUUAACCUUCAUGCUUCUACUCUUCCUACAGGAGAAAUCUUCGAUUUUUUGAGGUCCUCAAAUUUAAUAAAUUGAAAAUCUCCCGUUUUUUGAAAAACGCUGAGACUUUAGUGAAUAAUUCUUUACUCAUUAUUAGGUAAUCUCAAUAAUCAGUUCCAACAAUUUCCCAUUUCCAGGUUCUGCUGUUCAUCUCGAACGCCGAAACGAACUUGCAAGAAGAAGCAUAUUCUCUGCUGGUCAAAUAUGUGUGA